CCCUCGGUGCGCCUGACCCCCACCACCAUGCUGUACUCGGGGCGCUCGCAGGACGGCAGCCACAUCCUGAAAAGCGCCCGGUACCUGCAGCAGGAGCUGCCCGUGCGCAUCGCCCACCGCAUCCAGGGCUUCCGGAACCUUCCCUUCAUCAUCGGCUGCAACCCCACCAUCCUGCACGUGCACGAGCUCUACAUCCGCGCCUUCCAGAAACUGAGCGACUUCCCCCCGAUCCAGGUGCGCAGUGACGAGUCGCGUUACUGCGCGUUGCUGCGGCAGCUGCUGGAGGAUCACAAGGACGUGGUGACGCUGCUGGCAGAGGGGCUGAGGGAGUGCAGGAGACACAUCCAGGUAACCUCACCUGGGCACCCCUGGGACACACCUGGGCACACCUGGGACAGGUAA